AUGCCACUUAUCGCCACCGUUACGCCGGGUACCAUCUCCGUCGAAUCCAGGUCUGUCACAAAUACAACCAACGGACGAGUGCCUUCGGUAGACUUUGCUAGGGAUGAGACACUGUGGUCCGAUUCCAUGGGAGUCGGCUACAUUAACGAGGCAUCCCCAGCAGUCACCCGCCUCUUGUCGGCGGUUUCCUCUUCGAUCGGCAUCAUUCCCAUUACCGCCCCAUUUCCCAACUCAUCCUUCACACUGCAGUUCUAUGCACCCGCACUGAAGUGUGAGUCCUUGGCAAAUGCGAAAAAGAACGGCCAGCCCGUUGGCAACUGCAACAAUUGCACUUCUCUACAGACGCUGUGGGAUGACACCAUUGACAGUAGUUUUGCCGCAAACUACUACUACUGGCAGGCGACGAAGCCGGUGUACUCUCAGAACCUGUUCUUCAUCCGGGCCGGCGGAGGGAAGUCGGUGGGAGGAGACCCCCAUAAUAUCAGCUGCCAGCUUUGGAACGCAUCCUACACUACGAAAUUCAAGUUCAACGACGGCGUGCAAACCACUUUGAUCCAGGAUCUCGCCUACGAGUCUACGAUGGACUUCAAUACCUCGGUCGCGUUUACAUCGCUCCCGCCGGGAGGCAGGGCAUACCUCGCCAUGUACCUAGCUAUGUCCGACCUAUUGUCCGGCGAGGUCGGAAUCCGGCAGGGGCUGUCAUCCUCCGGAAUGUUCGGAUCAGAUCUUCCCGUUGUCAAGACCGGCUUGAUGGCCUGCCCUGAAGUCCUGGCCGGCUGGAAUGCAUUCGGCAGCAGAGAGCCGCCGCUGGACAAACUCGUCUCGCCGUGGAUGUGCCGCAACAACUCGGUGGCGGUAGCUGUGGAGGAUUUGUUUCAGAACCUGACCCUGAGCUUGUUGAGCAGCGAGUUUCUGAACGGGAAUAUGAUGACGGAUAUACGGGUUACUUCGCCCAAGAAUUUCUGGCGAUAUGGUCCAUUAGACCUGCUCGUUUCAUACGUUGCUGGUGUGGCUGUUGCGUUUGUGGCACUUCUUGUUGGCGGCUGGGCGCUUGUUGCGAAUGGCUACAGUGCUGAUGUGUCCUUUUCCAGCAUCCUACUGACUACCAGAAACCCAGACUUGGAUGGCGUUGCGGUGGGGCAAUGCUUGGGGGCCCAGCCGCUCGACCGGAACUUCGAGAAGCUGAAACUGCAGUUCGGUGUUGUUGGCCGCACAGAUGGCAUUGAUCAUGCGGCCUUCGGUAUUCGUGGAACCGUGCAGGAGCUGAGAAAGAAUCAGGAAAUUAUCUAA